CAAAUUAACAUGACACAAGCAACUUUGUCCGCUCUAGUGCUGGUUUUAAGCUUGACCUAUUGCUUUUCAGCUCCAUUACCACAUGAAGAUGAUUCUGAUCUCACAGAAAAUGAUCUACGCUAUGCUGAGAAAUAUUUAAAUAUACUAUACAGUUCUCCAUCAAACCCUGCUGGAAUGUUGAGAAGUAAAGGUAGCAAAUCUAUGGAAAUGAAACUGAAGGAAAUGCAAUCGUUUUUUGGGCUAGAGGUGACAGGGACGCUAGAUGAAGAUACUAUGGAAAUUAUGAAAAAACCCAGAUGUGGUGUCCCUGACAUUGGACAAUACAACUUCUUCCCAAGAAAACUAAAAUGGCCCAGAUAUAAUCUGACAUACAGGAUUGAGAACUAUACCCCCGAUUUACCCUCUGCAGAUGUUGACCGAGCAAUUAAAAGAGCCCUGAAAGUGUGGAGUGAUGUGACACCAUUAAAUUUUACUAGGCUUCGAACUGGCACAGCUGAUAUCAUGAUUUCAUUUGGAAAGAAGGAACAUGGUGAUUACUAUCCGUUUGAUGGCCCCAACGGUUUGUUGGCUCAUGCUUUUCCACCAGGGGAAAAAAUUGGAGGAGACACUCAUUUUGAUGAUGAUGAGUUUUUCACAAAUGACUACAAAGGAUACAAUCUCUUCAUUGUUGCUGCACAUGAAUUUGGACAUGCACUGGGAUUGGAUCAUUCUAAUGAUCCAGGGUCAUUGAUGUACCCUGUUUAUACAUUUGCAGAAACUAACAGCUUUGUACUUCCAGAUGACGAUGUACAAGGAAUUCAGACUCUUUAUGGUCCAGGUACUCGAGACCCUAAUCCUAAGCAUCCAAAAACACCAGAGAAGUGUGAUGCUGAACUCACAAUCGAUGCAAUAACAGAGCUCAGAGGGGAAAAGAUGAUCUUUAAAGAUAGAUUCUUCUGGCGCCUUCAUCCACAGAUGACAGAAGCGGAACUUGUUCUGACAAAAUCCUUUUGGCCUGAACUUCCAAAUAAAAUUGAUGCUGCUUAUGAGAAUUCAGACAAAGACCUGAUAUAUAUAUUUAAAGGGAAGAAGUUUUGGGCACUCAAUGGAUAUGAUAUUUUAGAUGACUAUCCCAAAAAAUUGUACGAACUUGGUUUUCCUAAAUCUGUAAAGUCUAUCGAUGCAGCUGUAUAUAAUCGGGCAACUGGCAAAGCUCUCUUCUUCACAGGAGACAAAUAUUGGAGUUACGAUGAAGAAAUAAUGAGUGUGGAGAAAGGUUACCCAAGGUUAAUAGCAGAUGAUUUCCCUGGAAUAGGAGACAAAGUGGAUGCUGCUUAUCAAAGGAAUGGCUAUAUCUAUUUCUUCAAUGGACCAUUGCAAUUUGAAUACAGCAUCUGGAGUAAAAGACUAACUCGUGUGAUGAAAACCAAUUCUGUUUUGUUAUGUUAACCUUUUAAAUAAGUAAUUGUUUUCUGUGUCAGACUGUUGAACAGUCUUGUGUAAAUCAUUGACUACUACACAAUUUUCCUUUUCGUCCAAAGAAUAGCUCAGGUUAGCUAGAAAGAAAUGGAUAUUUUUGGAUUGUAAAUAAAAAAGUAGAUUUUAAUAUAAAUACUUCAGUUACUGGAAAAUAAAACUCUAAUAUUAGCAUUAAAAACACUUCACAAAAUUUUAGUUUUUCUUUAAUUGUAUUUUACUUGCAAAUUUAUUGUCAUCAAUGACAUUUUUAAGGCAAAAUCUAUUUAAACUGGAUUAAGGGCUAGAUUACAAGUAAAGCGCAAAAUAUAACUUUCACGAGGGCGAUAUUUGCGUUCCACUUAGUAAAGCCAGCACCCAUUUGCACAAGUUAGGUGUAAUUGCACUGAAGCUUUGCGCUCAAAAGAGUGUGCUUCCAUAGACUCCAUUGGGAGCCUCGUUCUCAUGCUGUAAAUCAUGGCAUGAUAACCUAGCGCAGUGAAGGGGGUAAGCUGCACAGUGAUGGGCAGAAAAUGUAAAUAUAUAUGUUUAUGGAUAUAUGUAUAUACACAUAUUAACACAUAAAUAUAUAUGUAUAUAAGCAUAUACAUAUAUAUUUAUAGAGAACAACCCCACAAAUAGCUUGGUGCAGUUAAAAAAAAAAAGAUGCUCAUAUUUAUUAUUUUUAAAAAGGAACCUAACACUGUAUUUUGGGGGCAUUUUAAAUAUUAACCAUAGGUUUUACCUCUGGUUAUUUUUUUGACCGCUAAUUGCUAUCGCAAGCUCGCGGUUGCAAUAACCAGCCACUUGUAAUGGCUGGUUAUUUAUCACUUGCCCGUAAACAGGCAAAUUUUCCUUUUUACGGGCAUGCCAUAAAUUAGCGCUCCACUUGUAAUCUAGCCCUAAGUAAUUUAUUUCAACACUAUACAACCCACUGACCCAUCAAACAGAAUUACAGUUUUCGGAGAAGUCACAGAGACACCUACAGCUGGUAUUGUGCAAUCCUUUAAAAAAAAUGUAAUGUAACCUUACAAACAAAUAAAUACAUGUAUCGAUUAACAUUCCUGUGGUCAAUCAUAAAAGGUAAAAUAAGGAAUGGAACAUAACAUUGCAACACAAAGCUGUGUCUACACUUGCCAACAUUUCUUGGUCAAUUACUGUAUUUUGCAUAUAUAUUUAAUGACUGAUAUGUUUUGUUUGAAAAACAUCUGGUCUUAUAUAUCGAGCCAAUAAGAUGGGUAAUGAGACUAUAAGUAGUAAUUAUUCCUCUGCGAUUAAAAUGUGCCCCAUAUACAAUCUUCUCUCUAACAAUCUGUGGUGUUAUAUUUUAUUACUUUUUUUAAUCACUCUGCUUUUUUGUGUAAAACUAAAAUAUAUUUUUUUAGUUAUUUAUUUAACUUGGUGUGCUAAAAUAUUAUGUAGUUCUUUAUUAAAUAUAUUCGUAUGUAAAGUCAACAUUUAGUAAAAGGACUUUUAAAAGACAUUAAACACCUCGUGCUUUUGUGGACAAAAAAAAAUAAAUCAGCGGACAGUAGAAAAGCAAAGUGUUUUCUGAGACUAGUGUUUCAAUAAGAAAUAGGAAGAUAUUGUAAGGCAUAGCCAAAUAAAAGUAGACAGUAAUGUUUUUAUAUAUAAAUCACUGUAUUCCUGAAAAUCAUCUCCUUUGUUAACAGGAUCAGAAAUGCAUAAAUAAUGUUCUAGAAACAAAUAUUGCUUUUAAUGUGAUAUAUUUAUUUACUUUGUGUGUGAGACUUCAAUAAAUUGCAUGCUCUCUUCAAAACAAUAAA